AAUCAAAAUAAAAGCAGCCGACAGUUGCAGCCCUGUAGCCAGCCGAAAGCAAACAUGGCAGUCAAAGAAGCAGUUGCUAAAGGGAUGAGCGUGCUUCUUGGAAAAUGUGUACCCACCGUUAAAACUAAUGCUUCCAAAUUUCAAGUGAAGAGGAUGGUGCUGGAUACGUAUUUGAACAUGUAUUUUCAUGAACAUGAGUACAUAUAUGCCCAUGAUCCAGAAAAAAUUUGCAAAACUGGUGACACGGUUCUUCUUAAAAAAUUGCCUCAAAAAAUGACUACGUUGAUUACUCACAAAGUGGAUAGAAUUGUUUAUCCACUAGGAGAUGUCACAGACCCAGUCACUGGUAAAAAAGUUACCUUUAUACACUAUCGAGAACAUCAAGACCAAGAGGACGCAUUAUAUGGUGCUCUACCAACUCGCUUCGAAUAUGACAAAGCACCUCCAAGAGGAUGGCAAGAGGACAAGAGAGAUUUGACUCAUAGGGAAACUUACAUUAAAUAUAAUGAAGAUGGUAAAGACCAGAAAUAUGCAGUGUAAUUUGUCUUCAUUUGGAUCACAGAGAACCUGUAGGUUCAGUUUAGGCUUGAAAUUUGAACAAAUAUUUUGAUACUGAUGUGUAAAUAUAGAUUGGAUUGAUAACCAUAGACUCAAAAAUAAAAUAACGUGGUUUACAGAGGAAA